GCCGUAGCGCCCCGCCCCUGCUGAAGAACGAGGGUUGAGGAGGGCGGAUGGGCGGUGAAGCGUAGCCCGCCCGCCUCCUGGUGAGCUGGGAGCAGGAGCUGGUUGUGUGAGGCGUAACCGGCUUGGGGGCGGAGCUUGUGCUCGAUCUGCCAAUCAGUCGUGGGGGAGGAGGAGAAGGGGCGGGCACGGCGCACCAAGCUCCAGACUACAGACCUCAGAGACGGCGCGCGGCCGCGACGAUGGCGACCGCGAUGGCUGCGAGCGCUGCGGAGCGGGCAGUGCUGGAGGAGGAGUUCCGCUGGUUGCUGAACGCUGAGGUGCACGCCGUGCUAAGACAGCUGCAGGACAUCCUCAAGGAGGCCUCUCUCCGCUUCACUCUCCCAGGCCCCAGCACAGAGGGAGCUACCAAGCAGGAGAACUUCAUCCUGGGCAGCUGUGGCACAGACCAGGUGAAGGGCGUGCUGACUCUGCAGGGGGAUGCCCUCAGCCAGGCGGAUGUGAACUUGAAGAUGCCUCGGAACAACCAGCUGUUACACUUUGCCUUCCGGGAGGACAAGCAGUGGAAGCUGCAGCAGAUCCAGGAUGCCAGGAACCACGUGAGCCAAGCUAUUUACCUCCUGGCAAACCGGGAUGAGAGCUACCAGUUCAAGACAGGAGCCGAGGUCCUCAAGCUCAUGGAUGCUGUGAUGUUGCAACUGACCAGAGCCAGAAACCGGCUCACUACCCCAGCCACCCUCACGCUGCCCGAGAUUGCUGCCAGCGGCCUCACGCGGAUGUUUGCGCCUACUCUACCCUCUGACCUGCUGGUCAACGUCUACAUCAACCUCAACAAGCUGUGCCUCACCGUGUACCAGCUGCACGCCCUGCAGCCCACCUCCACCAAGAACUUCCGCCCCUCCGGAGGUGCCGUGCUCCACAGCCCCGGGGCCAUGUUUGAGUGGGGCUCACAGCGCCUGGAGGUGAGCCACGUCCACAAGGUAGAGUGCGUGGUCCCCUGGCUCAACGACGCCCUGGUGUACUUCACUGUCUCCCUGCAGCUCUGCCAGCAGCUCAAGGAUAAGAUCUCUGUGUUUUCCAGCUACUGGAGCUCCCGGCCCUUCUGAGCAAGCACCUGCCAGAAUCCCCCCCGGAGGGUAGCCCCGCCUUGUAGUCCUUCUCCCCAACACAUAACCCCUGCAGUGCCGUCACUGCAGGCACCCCCAAGUUAUUGCUCUCCCUCCUCACCACCCUGUGACACAUUUGCACUGCUGGAAUCGAAUAUUAGAGGCCCCUGGAGAAAGGGGUGCCAGCUUGGUUGUUAGGAUGGGGAAGGGCAAUCAAGUAGGUGGGCUGAGGUGUGGCCAUGCUCCUAACCCUGCCUUCCUGAGUUCUCUGGGAACCUUUGGACUCAGGGUGGGACCAGGCCCAGGGCUGUCCUGUCUCCCACUCUCUCAGCUCCCAUUAGUGAGGGAUGGGAGUUGCAGGAAGGAAGAGGGCCCGGGCAGGGGAAGUAGCCCUGUGAAUAAGCUGCAGUGCUGGGAUGGUUUCUUCUGUGACCUCAACCCACCUCUAACAAAUAAAGAUCAGAUUUGGACUGGA